AUGGCUGGCUCGAAACAUCUCACCCUUAACAAGGCGCAAGUCGCUGUCAUUGGCGACAUCCUCAAGACUGAGUUCACGACGGCCGUCACGAAACUCGAUCCGAAAUUCUCAGGCUACUCAUCUGUCACGCAAUGGGCUUCGGACAGGCAAGCCCGUCUCUUCAAGGAGCACAUAUUGUUCACCGUCGGCACCAUUACCGAUGCCCACAAGAAAGCUGUCGAUAGGAUGUUCCGCAAUUAUUACCGGAAGUUGAGAAUGGCCGGCUCCCCGCAGAAACGGCCGAUCAGUUCCAUACUCGACAUCGUUGCGCCUACACCUACAGCCAUUGAUCUGUACGAGGCGGAUGUCCGUGACGAUAUUCUCAAGUCAAUCCCUAACGGAGACGACGCGGCAUACAAAGCGCGUCUGACGGAGAUGUGGCUUGGCAUCGAUGAAGACCUGCUUACUGCGUACGAGGCCAAGGUCGCCGCUGGUGUAUUCUCUAUAGAGCAACGGCAGAAAUCACUCGCUUCUCACUUCGGUCCGUCACUGGACAAGAUUUGUCGAGCCCCAGCACUGGGUGGUCUACUCGCCAUCUCGAUUAUCGCAUACCGCGACGGUGAUGGGAAUAGGCGCUCCAUCGUCUUCCAAGGUCAAGCUACUGAUGACAUUUUUGAAUUCGGUAUGGGCGAGGGCGAAGAAGAUAAGCUCACGGCGUUCAAGGAGGCGUGGGACCAGUAUGCAGAUGACAACCUUCCGCAUGCCACCCCACCUACCGCCCGCUCUUCUUCGAAGAUCGUCAUUCCCCAGAACUCCUUCGGCAUCCCUGUCUUCCCUUCGAUUGACCCAUGGUCUCUUUCACCCGGCGCACUCAUGGACUAUGCCGUGGAAUACUUGGUUCAGUUGUGGUCUCAUGCAAGGAGGUCCCGACAUCCCGAUGGCAUACCCUGGGAUCACAUAGUGAAGGACCCCUCCGCCUUUUACGACGCGCAACGAUAUAGCUACAUGUGUUUUGAUCGGGGCGCCCUCAAGAAUGUGCCCGUGCUGUAUGACUUCGUUGCGAAGUUGCAGGAACAUUGCAGCAUCGUCUCAGAAGAUCCAUUCACGUUCUUGGUCGGACCCGCUGCCUCGCGACAGAUAUCUUCGCCUUCCAACUCAGCGAGGUCCGAGGGGCGCGGACGAGAUGAUGAAGAAUCGGCUCGGACGGGAACGCACGCGGCUGCGGUGUCAAGCUCUUCAUCUACUGCUUCGCUGCGUGCGAAGGGAAAUGAAGCCGUAACACCGUCUGUUACCUCGGGGGCGUCCCCCUCGUCUUUCCCGAUGUCCCCAGAGGCCACCCUACCGCCGCUCCGAUCGUCCGCUGCGUCGCCUAUCCCAAUCAUUGACGACGUUUCUGAAGUGGCGACUGAUGUAGUUGAGCCGCCCACACGCGGCCGCAAGCGCACCGCGACCGUCGAUGACCCGACUGACCCUCCUCCGCCUAAACGUUCGAAGAAGCAGCUCGAGAGUGGCAAAGACGGGUCGGCAGGUGAUACGCGUCAGCGUCAGAAGCGUCCGCAGCGUGUCAAGAGUAAGCCUGCUCCCCCGCCGCCGGCGCCGCCGGCGCCGGUGAAGGCAAAGGCUUCAACAAAGGGAUCGCGCGAUGUGACUUUCCAGGGCUGGGCAUUUGACAAAGCUGCUCUCAGGAACCGCGCGAUUACGUACGUGCACUACAGCAAAGUGGGUGGCAAAGUUUUGCAGGAGGCCGACUUCAAUAUACGCAAGAGUGGGCGUAAUCUUCCCGCAAUAACCAUCGCAGAAAAGGACCCGGCGUGGUUCUCGUCGUGCGAGACGUGGAAGGCGGCGGUCAAGAGGCGCCCUGAAUAG